AAUGACACAACCCAUAUGUAUGUUACUGACCAUAAGAAGAGCUGGUUGAAUUCUCUGAAUUAUAGGAAGACUAAGGAAGUGCUUCCUUAAAAUAUAUGUCCUUUAGCUUAAGAAACACUGGAUCAUCCCUUAUGGAAGGUUAGUAGAUAAUCCUGUCCCACCCAGAUUCUGGAGUGAUGUUGGAUUAUCGUCAUCCAUCAUGCUGACUUGGAUUUGUAUACAUGUUGUAUAUAAGAAGAAGAGUGUGACUGUGAGCUAUUGUAGACCCACAUCACAUUUCAGUUUGAGUUUGGAUUCUUGUUCAUUUUGUUUGGUUACCUCAUCGUCUUUCCUUAACCUCAUGACAUUUUCCCACCAGAUCAAGAAAACAUGGUCAGGAAAAACUAUUAGAACUCUUUUUUAAAAAAAAAUCCAGUUUUAGAGUCAGACAUAUUUUAUAAGUAGCCUGACAAGAACAAAUAAGCCUUCUUAUCAAUCACAUUCUUGUGGUUUUUUUUGGAAGCUUCUGGGGGUUUUUGGCACUGGGGUUACAAUGCUGCAUAUUACCAUCACAUCCCAGAUGAAUGAUGAAUGAAUGAAACAACAAGACUUAGACACGUUUUUGUUGCAGGCAUCUUUCUUUUUUUAUGACUGCCACUCUCACAUGUUACAGUAAGUUUUUUUCUAAGAAAGCAAGCAAUGCCAUUAUGUCGCUGAUGCAUGAAGGCAAGGAAAACUGAAGAUCUGCAUUUUUCAUUUUCAAGGCCCUCCUGAAUCAUUAAUACAACACGCUGAUGCUAUGCAUUGUAAUUACAGGAGCCACUGAUUUUUGCUUACACUCUUGCCUCAAAUUCUGCUCUUCUAGAGAAAUCUCAAGCCUGCUUUUCCACGGAUGACUGAGUGUCAUAAAACAAUAUAGCCUACAAACUGUGGAAACAGCACAUUUUGCAAACUCAUACAUCCACAAGUUGAAAUGACGGGGGAUGAGGGGGCUGAGUGUGCCACACCUAGGAACACCAGCUGAUUCGUUGAAAAUGAACAAAUAUUGGUUUAUAUGGAUGCACAGCUGAGAUGGUAGCAGCUGGUCUGAGCUCAGCUCUUGCCUUUGGGAUUCCCAUCCUCACAGUCCUCACAGGAUUCGGUUCCUGCCACGCGAGAGCCGUGUCCACAUCUCUCUGGGGGCUGCAACAGAUUUGUGAACCAAUUUGAAAACACACUGCGUUCAGGUUCAAACUAACAGUGCUGAUUGGACAGAGGCUGCAAACACCAUUUUCUAAUUAAAGAUAACAGUCCUUUUCCAAAGACAGGGGAGAGAGAUUUUCAUCCUUCUCCUUUAGUCUUCAUCUUUCUUUUUCUCUCUUUUUUCCUAGCUUUCUGAGUAUAAAACACGUUCCAGCGUCUCGUGGGCAAUUUAUGCAGCGCAAACAGCGCAUGUAAGCCAGCGCAUUUUUUUUUUUUUUAAUACGCACGGUUGAGUGAUCACGGACCGGUCCGGAGCCUAAUCAUCAUAAUAAGCUGCACAAGUUCGCCAGGCGGCGAGUCGGGCACGUUUUAUUCCUCCAUAUGACCAUGUAGUCAGUGCCGCAGCGGGGAGAUAAUCGGGCGGAGGGAGCAGUUACCAGAGUAGACGGAGGGAGAGAGAAAGGAGCUGGCUGCACAUGAUCACAUAGGCUAUCCAGUCACUCAUCAACUGGAGCGUUCAUAAUUGCGGUGGCGACAACAUAUGGGAAUACAACAAGGCGAGACUGUGAUCACACCUGGUUCUGGAGGACACCGGAGGAACCCGUGCGAGAGAAAGGGCGGCCAAAAAAAUCGGAGGGACUUUGCAUCAUAGCAGUCGAAAAGAGAAAGCGUGGCAUCCAAAACACCAUCCGGGAACAGAUCUGGAGUCAGAGGUGGCAACAAAUCUGCACUGGAGCUGAAAAGCUGUAAAUGCAGAAGGAAGAGCUGGUCCUAUAAAGCGUGAGAACACACUCCUACACGCCACCGAGCGCCUUUGCUUCCCAGAGUUUACGGACUUCAUGUUGACAAGAGCUUGUGAAGAUAACGUUUUUAGACUUUGAAGGAAUCGUGUUGAGAAGAAUAGUGCAGAUGGUGAGGCAGCACCUCCUUCCCUGUCAGCCCCACUUCAAGAAGGUGGAGGUCACAGGAUUCCAGCUCAGUGCAGCAGUUUGAGGAUUAAUACCACACCUGGAUAAGAGAGACAGUGCUUAUGUGUAACACAAUGGCACCUGCAUGCAAAGCCAAACUAGGCGCCUGGCUCUUCAUGCUGUUUCUUUGCUUGACAGUACAUGCUAGCAUGCUUCAGUUUGCUGCUGCCACAAUACAAGGAUUCAUUGGAGAUAUGACAUGCCCAUCUGUAUGCAGGUGUGAUGAGGAUUUUAUCUACUGUAACGAUCGUGGGCUGAGCUCUAUCCCUUCACUGCCUCCUUCUGCAUCUGUGCUCUACCUUCAGAACAACCACAUCAACAACCCAGGCCUUCCCACCUCCUUGGAGCGCCAGCUGUCUGUCCGUGUGGUCUACCUCUAUGAUAAUGAACUGGAUGAAUUUCCCAUGCACCUGCCGCCGUCUGUGCGUGAACUACAUUUACAAGACAACAACAUCCGCACUAUUCCUCGCAGUGCACUGGCUCGGAUGCCCUUGCUAGAGAAGCUCCACUUGGACGACAACUCCAUUUCCACUGUUUCUAUUGAGGAUCAGGCCUUUGCUGACAACCCACGGUUGCGCUUGCUUUUCCUUUCACGCAACCACUUGUCCAGUAUUCCCUCAGGUCUACCUGCAUCUUUGGAAGAACUUCGUCUGGAUGACAACCGGAUCUCCACUAUCCCAACCCAUGCCUUCCGAGGCCUCACCUCACUUAGAUGUCUUGUCCUAGAUGGGAACCUUUUGGCAAACCAACGCAUUGCAGAUGACACAUUCUCUCGCCUUUCUAACUUGACUGAGUUGUCCUUAGUGCGCAACUCUCUCCAGACCCCACCUGUUAACCUACCCAGCGGCCAUCUCCAGAGACUGUCCCUGCAGGACAACGCCAUGACUCAUAUGCCGCGUGGUUCCUUGGAUGGCAUGCACAGGCUGCAGAGGCUUGACUUGUCAGGAAACAACCUAACCACAUUACCUAGGGGGCUGUUCAAAGACCUUGACAAUCUUGGUCAAUUGCUUGUACGUGGAAAUCCUUGGCACUGUGGCUGCAACUUGCGCUGGCUGUAUGACUGGUUGCAUGCCCGCGGUAACUCUAUCACUGUCCGGGGUCUAACCUGCCAUGGGCCUGACAGGGUGCGAGACAUGGCUUUGAUUGAUCUGAACAGUGAGAUGGAGGAAUGUGAAGUAGUGAGGAUAACAGGGGCAAAAGACAAAGUAACUUUAGCUGGAGCUGAGAGUGCUACCACCAACACCCCUCCACAGGGUUCUCUCUUCACCCUGCGCUCGAAGCGGCCUGGCCUGGGAUUUCCUGACUCUGGCUUGGACUACACUCUCAGCAGCAGUGGUGUAGGAAAAAGCUUGGCCCUAAAUGUGAAGCCUCUUUCUCACAACAGUGUACGUGUCACAUGGAGUGUGGCUCAGCCGAGCUCCUCUUUCAGACUGAGUUGGCUCCGACUUGGCACUGGAAACGCCAUGGGAUCAAUUACAGAGACGCUAGUUCGAGGUGAUCGUCGGGAGUAUCUGCUUACCUCCCUGCAACCCCACUCAAGCUACAUCAUCUGCAUGGUGCCACUGCCUGCCAGUUCAGAAAGCAAAGGCACAAUUUCUGGAGAUGCUGACCCUGAUGAAGCUCUAGUUUGUGCAAAAGCUGAAACAUCAGAAUUUAGCCCAAUAGAGGAGGAGAAUGAUGAAGACUCACAACAGAUUAUAGCGUUACCCCUUGCAGGGAUUAUAGGCGGGGCUACUGCCACUGUAUCUCUGGCCCUUAUUUUUGGCGUGUUUUGUUGGUAUGGACAUAGAACUGGCCAUUUGUGCACCCGUGACCACUAUACUCGCAGCAGCUCGAGAAAAAACAAAAACUAUGAUGAUUAUAUUGAAUCUGGCACCAAGAAGGAUAACACUAUCUUAGAGAUUCGUGGCCCUGGGUUCCAGAUGACACCUAUGGCGGCUUGCCAGCCAAUGCAGCCAAAACCCUUGCAAGAGGAUUACAUUAUUCAUACCAUAUUCCCCUCCAAUGGCACUGGACUUUUCAAAGGCUCAAACCAUGUUUCUAAUGCAGGACAUGGCACCAACCGUGGCUACAGAGAAGGAGGAAUCCCAGAUAUAGACUAUUGUUACACAUGAUGCAUUGCACCAGAUGUUGUUCAUAGUGUAAUUGGUAAACUGUAUAGAUGCACAAUUUCCCUUGGCAUGGACACUUCUGAAGCACCCCUCUGUGCCUUCUUCUUCUGGUCUCCCAUUCCAAAUGACCUGCUGUUCACUUCACUGGAUGUGAUUAACUGGAACUAAAACUGUGUGGGAACGGUUCGCUGCAGGAGGUGGCAGUCAAUGCCCCAGGUGUAAAUGCACAGCUGAGUGUUUCUUCACCAUCUUAGUAAUGGCCUGUGUAUGAUUCCCUUUUUUGCUCUUUCCCUGUGACAAAUAGGCAAAGAAUGUAUCUGUAAUGGAAAGGUCAAACUUAUCAUAGGUGCAGGUAGAGUUCCUCUUUCGCACAUGAAAGCCACAGCAGACAGUUCAAAAUGGAUUCAGUAAUGAAGAGAAACAGACAUUUUUGGUACUCAUUUCUUGCUCACCAGUCACAUACAGUAUGUAGUCUUAUUAAUUCAUUGUUCCAAAUGCCUCAACUAUAUUGAUGUGCCCUACCAGCUAUCCAAGGAAAGGGCUUUGUAAAGCUGUGAAUUGUUCUAUUUCAAACAACCCAAUAACCACUUGUCUUAAGGUAGGUUUGUGUUUACCUUAUACAGUAGAUGGCAGGUUUAAGAUCUUCUAAGGGCUGGUCAGCCUUGGUUAUACCUCUUCACCAGUGAUCAGUAUUGCUGUGUUGCAUCAGAUUAGCUGCAGCACAAGCAUGUAGAUAAUUACUUCGAUACCGACUGGGGGGCGUGUUUGGAAAAUGGUUUGCUAUUUUUAUCAGUGGUAUGUUAAGUAAUGAAAAUCUUCACAGUUCUUUUUUUAUUUAUAUAUUUUGCCCCGUCAUGAGAUGGGUUUUAUCUCUGCUUGAACGGUUUAUUUUUAUUUUCACCCUCAUGUUUGUCAUUAUUGAUGAAACCCAGCUCUUGAUGGAAACUGUGGCUUUGUUUUAGUGUCAGAGUUGUUUUUUUUUUUUUCUUUAUUGAGAUUGUUUGUAUUAUGAUGUAAUUUUGAAGUUAGACGUCACCCAAAGACAAGCAUGUCAGCCCACUGAGAAUUUAGAAACCAACCCCAAUCGCUCUUUUCCAAUGUUGUGUCUGUGUGCUUUAUGUCUUUGGUUGCUGGUUUUUGUUUGGAAAAUGUUUCCUCAAUGCUCAAACUGGACAAACUACUGAUGUGGAGCUUUCUACUGGAGGCAGACUCUUGUAAGUGAACUUCGAAAUGAGGCCGAGAACUGUGAGUGCAACUGAGGAGACUCAAACCGCAACACUGUUGACCUACACUGUGGGGCGGCGGCCGAGCUG